UAUUAAAAAGUGUACUGUGCUCUUUCGGCUUCCGUAGGAUUGGGCAUUCUGAGAUCUUGUCGUUGUCCUGCGUAAACAUGGCUGAGGAUAGCAGUGUAGUACAUGAAGAGGAGAACAUUCUCUAUGAUUUACUUAUAAAUACCGAAUGGUCACAGGAGACCGAUACCCAGCUGAGAGGAAGCAGAGAACAAGGGUCAACAUCUGCCCUCACAAAGGCUAUCACCGGACCAUUCAAGUUUAUACUUCACUAUCUUUGGUACAGCCCAGCAAGUUCCUCCCUACCUCCUGGACUUGUCCAACUAGUCAGUAAACAAAUUAACUGGCAGUUGGUCCUCGCAAGUAAUGGGAAGCUGCUGGCUGUUGUGCAGGACCAGUGUGUUGAGAUCAGAUCAGCAAGAGAUGAUUUUGGUUCAGUCAUUGGAAAGUGUCAAGUACCUAAAGAUCCUAAUUCUCAGUGGAGGAAGGUUGUGUGGAGCCAUGACUGCACUCUUCUUGCCUAUGCUGAAAGCACAGGAACUGUGAGAGUGUUUGACCUGAUGGGCAGCGAGCUUUUCAUCAUUCCUAUGGCUGCCAGUUUUCCAGGGGAUCUGAGUUAUUCUGUCGCAGGACUGUUACUUCUGGAGUACACAGCCAGUGCCCAGUGGUCAGCAGAACUGCUUGUAAUUAAUUAUCGAGGGCAACUCAAAAGCUACCUUAUCAGUGUGGGUGCCAAUCAGAGUUACCAAGAAAACCACAGUUUCAACUUCAACAGCCAUUAUUCUCAUGGAAUUACAACAGUGAUUUACCACAGCAGUCACAGGUUAAUACUGGUCGGAGGCUGUGAAUCCAGUGAUAAUGAAGUAUCCAAGGCGACUCGCUGCGGACUCACAGCCUGGAGAGUGCUGUCAGGCUUCCCUUAUUAUAAACAAGUCACUAGCUAUGAAGACGAUGUGGGCUCUACACAAAGAAGAGGACUGUUAAGAAUGCCCACAUUUAGACUUUUUGCCAGACAAGGACACGAACAGGACGGUGUGUUUACGAUGAGUCUAUCACCUGAUGGAACUCUUUUAGCAGCUAUUCAUUUCUCAGGACAGCUUACCUUCUGGGAAAUCCCUUCCUUGAAACAAAGUGGGGAGUGGAGCCAAGGUGCUCAGCCAGGAUUUGAUGAGAUCAACCCAGAGUGGAGAAAUUCGCUUGAGAAAAGGAAAAAGAUAAAAGAUAGGGAAGCCUAUUACCCCCUGAUGGAUGUGAAUUGGUGGGCCAAUAAUGCAGUAAUCUUGGCACGGUGCUCUGGUUCUGUGACUGUGUCCUCUGUUAAAACCUUGAAGAACCUCCUUGGAAAGUCAUGCGAGUGGUUUGAGACUUCCCCACAAGUCACUGCAGCCCACGAUGGAGGCUUCCUCAGCUUAGAGUGUGAGAUAAAACUGGCUAAAAAAAGACCCCGUCUGGAAAGCAGCCAGUGUGAGGAUGAGGAUGGUGAUGAAGACUCAGACUCUGAUGAUGAAUCUUCUGCCAAGGCCCGGUACUUUGGGUAUGUGAAGCAGGGCCUGUAUUACGUGACGGAGAUGGAGCGUUUUGCGCCGCCUCGGAAGCGCCCGCGCACCAUUAUCAAAAACUAUCGUCUGGUGAGCCUGAGAUCCACCACUCCGGAGGAGCUUUACCAAAGAAAGAUUGACAAUGAAGAAUAUGGAGAAGCUCUUUCCCUGGCACAAGCUUAUGGGCUGGACUCAGACCUUGUGUAUCAGAGGCAAUGGAGAAAGUCGACUGUUAGCAUUGCAUCUAUUCAGGAUUAUCUGAGUAAAAUAAAAAAACGUUCCUGGGUGCUACAUGAAUGUGUGGAAAGAGUACCUGAAAAUGUGGACGCAGCCAAGGAAUUGCUUCAGUAUGGAUUGAAAGGCACAGACUUGGAAGCUUUGAUAGCAAUUGGAAUUAGAGAAGAUGGCGGAAGAUUCAUAAUGCCGGGUGAUGUAGACAUUGAAGAGAUUCCUUAUGAAGAUUUGUUGUCGCCUAUUGAAGAGCUGCAGAGGAAGAAGGAGGGAGAAGCCAAGAAGAGACAGGAACUCCUUAAACAUGUGGACUUCAAGAAGCUCACAUUGGAACAGAAAGAGCUUUGCCGAUGCAGACUAAAGCUACUGAGUUACUUAGAUCGCUUGGCAACAUAUGAGGAAAUCCUUGGCGGGCCGCAUGCUGCUGAGCAGAGAUAUGAUUCAGAGUUCUUCAAGAAGUUCAGAAAUCAGAACAUUGUGUUGUCGGCAAGAACCUACGCCAGGCAAAGUAACGUUCAAGCACUGGACAUCCUUUUUACUUAUCAUGGGUCAGAGCUUCUGCAGCACCGACUCGCCAUCCUCUUCAACUUCCCAGAGACCACCUCUCCACAUGAAUAUGCCAUUCUGUUGCCAGAAGCAUGCUUUGAUGAUGAAGAUAAUUUAGCAAUCAUACCAUGGAACGAGCAGAGGCACCGAGACAGGGACUGGUGUGAAGAACCAGCGUGCAGAAUAAUUCUGGAGCCCAAUCCUCAAGAUGAGGCAGAGUUUCUUUAUGAGGAACAGCCUGAACUGCUCAAGUUCCGGACGACUGAACCAUCUAUACAGCUACUCACUGACUGGUAUCUAAGGCAGGCUGAAGAGAUUGACAGCUUUUCUAGACAGGUGGACUGCGCCUUGUCUUUGGUUCGCUUGGGGAAAGAGAGAAACAUCCCUAACCUUGAGCUGCUCUGUGAUGAUUUGGUUACCUUAGAGACACUGGUAUAUGAGACGGAAUGCGACCUGACCGUUACUCUGAAGGAUCUACAGCAGAUGAAAGGCAUUGAUAAACUGAGGCUAUUAAUGAAUAGUUCAUCUGAAGAAAUGUAUGUGAAAAAUGCUUACCAGUGGAUGGUCCCUUUUCUCCAUCGAUGCGAGAGUCAGAAACCAGGAUCUGCAAAUAUUCUUGUAAAGGAAUACUUGGUUACACUAGCCAAGGAAGACCUGAAAUAUCCCUUGAAGAUCUUUCAGCACUCCAAACCUGAUUGUCAACAGAAAAUUAUUGGAGACCAUGACCAGUUAAUGUCUAUAGCCCUUGAGUGUAUUUAUAGCUGUGAGAGAGAUAAUCAGCUGCCCCAUUGUUAUGAUAUCCUUGAAUGUCUUCCACAGAGAGGCUACGGCCAUGAAACCGACCUGACUAAAAUCCUUCAUGAUAAGGUGGAUCAGUUGGAGAAACAUCUGAGUGUGGCAGAGAUUUUGGAGAAGCAUGGACUGCCAAAACCCCCUUCGUUUGUGCAGAACAGCCAAUCCAGCCGAGAGGAAGCCCACCAACUGAUGGUAAAGCUCACCAGACACACUGGGCGCAGGAAUCCACCUGUAAGUGAGAACCAUUGGAAAGGAUUGCUGCAGGAUUUGCAAGACAUGCAGCAGAAUGUAUACAAGUGCUUGGACCAAGACACUUGCUAUGAGAUAUUUACUGAAAGCUUGCUGUGCUCAAGCCGCCUGGAGAAUAUCCGCUUGGCUGGACAGAUGAUGCACUGCAGCGCUGUGGCAGUCGACCCACCCGUUACUGUGGCCUUCCGAGGUAAAGUGCAGCCCAAGGUCAGCUGCAAGAGGAGCAUUGAAUUAGUCUUGGCAGCAGCUAGGGAGUACUUCAACUCAUCAACAAACCUGACGGAUAACUGCAUGGACCUGGCCAGGUGCUGUUUACAGCUUAUCACAGACUGUCCUGCAGUCAUCCAAGAAGAACUUGACCUGAUCAGUGCUCUGACACAGCUUGAGGAGUUUGGAGUAAGAAUCCUCCCUUUACAAGUGCGUUUGCGGUCAGACCGCCUCAGUCUCAUUGAAGAGUGCAUUAGUCAGUGCCAGACAGCCUACAAACAGUCCACAAAGCUCCUGGGACUUGCGAAUCUGCUCAGAGUUGCAGGGGAUGAUUCAUUGAAGAGGAAGGGUCGGGUUCUGGAUCUGUUGGCUGAGCAGGCUCUUCAGUACCAAGAUCAUAAAGCAGCCACUUUCCACUGCCAGGAGCUCAUGGCUAUAGGUUAUAGCGAUGGGUGGCAGGUAUGCAGCCAGCUAGGUCAGUGUGACAGUUACCAGGACUUAGGCACUCGGCAGGAGCUCAUGGCCUUUGCCCUCACACACUGCCCUCCAAAUGUCAUCCAGACUCUGUUGGCAGCCAGCAGCUCUCUUCAGACUCAGAUCCUGUACCAAGCAGUGAACUACCAAAUCGAUCCUUCACAGACUGAGGAUACUCUUAAUAAUGCUGGACAAGAUUCCCCACAGGUUGAUGCAAAAGCUCCUAUUGCUAGCCAGUCUGCACAUCUGCUGCACCGAACCACAGCUAAAACCAUAGAGGUUCUGUCUAACACCACCAUGACAACCAAAGCAGUGCUGCAUGCUGUGAGUGAUUCACAGUGGUGGAAGAAGUCAAUCAGUUACCUUCGACCUGUACAUGGUCAAGGACUGGAUUCUGCAUUAAAGGGCAUGGCUGGAGAAAAUGUAGAUAUGGAAAAGCAAGGCUGCAAUCCUUUCUAUGAAUCUGUCCUAGCUGAUCCCUAUGUGGAUAAAAGCAAAGUAACCUACACCUCCUACCAUCGCAGCCCACUGGAAAAGUUUGCUGAGGUAUUGCUAAGAACAGGAAAGCUGGCAGAAACAAAAAGUGAAGGCCAAAACCUGUUUCCAGCAACAGAAGUCCUGUUGCAGUUGGCUAGUGACGCCCUGAAUAAGGAUAUGACCCUGGCCUUAUCAUAUUUACUAGCAUUGCCACAGGUAAUGGAUGCCAACAGGUGCUUUGAGAAGCAGUCACAUUCAGCGUUAUCGCUCCAGUUGGCAGCAUAUUAUUAUGCCCUUCAGAUCUAUGCCCGUUUGACUCCAUGUUUCAAUGACAAAUGCCACACACUUUACAAGGCUAACCCAAAGGAUCUUAUAAAGCUGGUCACAAAAUAUGUCACUGAAAAUGCAAGUGCUGAUUGGCCUGAAGAACUUGAGAAACUUAUUCAGCAGCUUUACCUUUACAAUGAGCGACUCACAGACUUCACCCAGGCACAGGUUCUGCAGGGUCUGGGCAGAGGAGUCAAUGUGCAGAGGUUUUCAGCAGACAGCCAGUAUAAGAGAGAGACGAUACUGGGCUUGGCAGAGACCCUAGAAGAGAAUGUGUACAAGAUCUCAAUAUCUCUAGCUCAGCGGUACAAUAUUCCACUUUGGGAAGUACACAUGACACAUUUGGAAUUCCUAUUCACCGACAGUGGGCUUUCCACAAAGGAAAUAGAAGACAGAACACAGGCUCUUGGUCUCUUUGAGACAUUGAAAAGUAAUCCAGAAGCUUUUCAUGAGCAUAUGACCAAGUAUGUGUACUCCAGCAUUGAAGGAACUGACCUCCCACGUUUACUUUACUACUUCUCCCUGCUUGAAAACUGUGGCUGCUUGGAUUUUGUGACAAGCCCCAUUAAGCCGGAUACACAUAUAAGGCUGCUCAAAAAACUGAAGGCUGUUGCAACUGGGCUGAACUACAGGAGACUCACAGAUGAAGACUCUGGUCCUCUGGAGGCUCUGGCACCUGUUCUGACCAGCCAGAAUGUCUUAUCCAUUUCCAAGCUGGCCUCCAAGAUCCCCAGGAAAGAUGGAUGCAUGCUGUCAUCAAGCAGUGUGCACGCUGCCUGGCUUCGCAAACUGUUUUGGAAAGGAGACCCUCAGGUCCUUAAAAAGCAGCCCCAGUCUGCUCUGGAAUAUCUGCAUGCGUAUGAUACCUGUGCCAAGUACUUUGAAAGGCUGUUUCCUUCCGACAUCAUCUUUUUUAUAGAUGGCAUCACCUUCUCCCCCGAAGCAGCCAGUUUGCUGACUGUUGAAGUCAGGCUGGAGAUUACUAAGAGAGCCCUGAAAUCAGUCAAACAGAUAAGUGAGAAAAUGAGGAAGAAGAAUUCUGAAGACAACAGCCACCUUCCUGAGAAUUCCCCUGCCAGCUUUGAAGAAGCUCUGAAUCAUCUCCAACAGUCACUUGCUCAUCUAGAAACACUCAAUCACGACUUCAUUCUCUCCCUGAAGAACAGUGACCAGGAGCUGUUACAGAAGUACAGCAAUCUGUACGAUUUGUCCAGGUCUGAAGAGAAGAGUGUUCGUGAGCUGGCAGUAACAAUGUCUAUAGAUGGGCAGCCUCUUGACCAUAUCCAGCAGCUGCUAGAGGUGUCUUCAGGGCCUCUGCAAAUUUCCCCCAAGUCUGUGGUGCAGGAUGCUGUUAACAGAAUUGUUUCUACACUGGGUGGUGAUGAUUCGGUUCUGACCUGUAGGAGAGACCCUUUGCAUGUUCUUGAAGGAAUCGUAACAGCAGUGCAUGCAAAUGUUGAGAACGGGGGAAGUUUAGUUUCAUCCGAUGACCUCCUUGACUGGUUACGGCCCUUCUGUGGAAACGUGUCCCUUCCAGUGAAACCACGGAUUGAGGUCCUGCAGAUCCUGGAACAGGCCUUUCAUCUGAGUGACGAAGACAGUAAACUACUUGUGUUCUUCAGGACCCAGGCAGUACUGAAAGCAAUCUGGCCCCACAGACAGUUGGAAAUCAGUGAUGUAGAGAAGGAUGAAAAGCGGUACCAGCUGUUUGUUGAGCUGUUGAACUCAAGUAGCAGUGAGGUGGAGUUCCAGCACUUAGUGCUACUUCUGCAGGCCUGGCCCCCUGUAAAGAGUGAAACUAUCUUGAACACAGUGGGGAACCCCUGGGUGAAACUAGCAGCAGCCAUGUUGUCCAAGUGUGCCACGGAGCAGAAAGGCAACGUGGGAAACGAAGUGCUGAACAUGUGCCGUUCUCUCUAUAACACAAAACACAAGCUGCCUGUUGAGUGUAUUAGGCAGAUAUCCGCUCUCCUGCUGGAUCAGUACCGUGUGCUUCUUCCUGCAUUGAAACUCCUGGUGGAAAGUAAAGAUGAACAAUUGCAGACACUGACACUGGAGCAGAUAAGCAACAUCCAUACAGUUGAUGAAUUGAACUGUGACGCUGAACUUAUCUCUCUGCUUCUGGAUGCCAAAUUAGUUGUGAAAUGCGUGGGCACUGCCUUCUACCCCAACCUCAUCAACCACCUUCUCAUCAGCCACGAGGAGCAAGGCUGGAGUGUGGAAGACAUUGCCAAAAAGCUGCAACAAGAGGGAUACGUGGCUGAAGCAGGGUCACUCAUGUUAUCCUACAGAGGAACACACCCAGCUCUUACCACCUUUAACACUGCUCUCAAUGCUAUUAAAAGGUGGCUUUAACUAACCCUAAUGGAAGUAUUUUUUAUUUCAGUAGUGCCUCACUAUCAUGAUUAUAGACAAAUCCGAAGUACACAACGUGGCAUUAAGUUUAAUCAUUACCUGGAAAAUGCAGCUUUUGAUUGAACUGUGAAGGAAAUAGAUGUGCUUUACGGUCAAAGUGAUUUUACAGCUAUCAAAGUUGUUAACAAUAAAAUAUUAAUAUAGCAUUAAACUAUCUUUGAAUUGUUUAGCAUGCUAUUCUGUUAGAAGCCAUUUAAACCUAUGCAUAUUUGUAACGUAAUGUUAACUAAUCUGAUUACAUAUAAAUCUACUGCUUGAUAUAAGUAGUUCCACACUUCAUUUUAAUCAACUAUCCUUGAAUUGGUGUUUAUAACAUUCUGGGGUUUUUGUUUCUAUCUAUACCAGAGGACUGAAUGUCCCUCGUGCUGAACAAUAAGCGUAGAAAGAGCAGCAUAUUUAUCAAUCUUGUUUCAAAAUAUUGUCAUGCAUGUCACCUGUGUGUUGCAGCUCAAUUCUGACCCAUUCUUUUGUGAAGCGUUUAUUGGGAUGUAUUUAUUAAGAGCAAAAGUUGAGCACUGAUUUGUGUGAAUUGCAAUAAAAACUGACAUUAAACAAAUACAUGUGGGAUUUUUUGUUGGUUUAUCCCUCAUUCAUCAAAAUCGGAGUAGAUCCCUAUUACCUACAUGUAGUGUGACAUACACAUGUAAAUCAAAUAGACUAGUACCCCCUUUAUUCAGAUUGUAAUACUAGGCAACUGCAAACUGCAAACACUGCAUUGAAAAAAUGAUGAAAAUUAUGUAGCCAUCUACGCUAAGUAUUCAAGAGAAAGGGACGUAAUUACUGUAAUCAGCAUGCGUGCAUUCUUUCCUUUUUAAAUUAUUUACUGAUUUAUUUUAAACCGUGGGUGGUUCUUCAUUAUUCUUAUGCAGCAAAUUGCCAAAUCCUAUUAUAUUGAACACCAUGAUAUAACAAACAUUUAUCCAGGUCCCAUGGGGGUUCGUUGUAGAUAUUAGCCAAUAUUCAUAAUAAUAAUAAUACCUGCCACAGGUGCUAGUCAGCUUCUCAGCAGCUUCUCAGACCCCACCUUUGGGUCUCCUGCGCAGGCGCCCUCUGCAGACUUGGUUCAACUGUAGGGUUUUCCAGCCCGCGUUGAACCUCGACUGCCUAUUGACAGUGUCUCGUCACUGUCUAAAGGCACGCUCUUGGUGGAAACAGCCUGCCCAGCUACACCUCUGCUGGCAGUGUCACCAGAAGGGAGGUCGUCACCACAGACGCGUCCAGCCUGGGCUUGGGGCGCUGUGUGGAAUGUCAGGGGAGCGCAGAGGGUGUGCAACACCCCUUGGCAGGGUCUCCACAUAAAUGUUUUGGCGCUGCAGGCAGUUUACCUAGCCUUGCAGCAUUUUUGCAGAAGGUUCGAGGGAGACGUGCUUGUCCGUAACAGACAACACAACAGUGGUGGCUUACACCAACCACCAGGGCGGCCUUCGGUCACCCAGUCUCCAACUCGUGGCCCACAAGCUUUUCCUCUGGGCACACGAGAACCUCCUAUUACUACAGGCAGUACAUCUGCCUGGGGUGCUAAACUGUGCGGCGGACCUCCUCUCAAGGAGGGUCCCAGUGCCUCAGAGUGGAGGCUAACCCUGAGGUGGUGAGCCUCAUUUGGGAGAGGUUCAGGAGAGCAGAGAUAUCUUUUAGCCUCCCAGUAGCCUUCCCACCAUUUGCCUUGCUCCUGCUGUGUCUUGAGAAAAUCAGACAGGACCUGGGCAAGGUGCUCCUAGUAGCCCCUUCUUGGCCCAGUAGUCCCUUAUAAAACCUGAUGCAGCUCACUGAGCCAUCUGGGUCUGUCCAGUAGGGUUACAAAAUGCCAGAGCAGCGUCCACACGUUCCCAGUAUGGGUACAAAUGGAAUGCCUUUCAGACGUGGUGUCUGCCUUGUAGGUUCGACGCCACUACUUGUCCCAUGGCAGUAAGACUGCAUUUUGUGCAGGACCUGUUUGAUGAGGGGGAAAUCCCCCUCUACAUUAAAGGUCACCUGGCAGCAAUUCGGCUUGCAAUGUCAAAAUUGACUUAGUCUCCCCAGGAGUUCAGCUUCCUGUGGGACAAAUUUUGAAGGGUUUGGUGGCUUCGGCUGCCUAUGAACGACAUUGUUCCCCACUGGAGGUUAAACGGGGUGCUCAAUGUGCUUAUGAAGCCUCCAUUUGAGCCCAUGCAUUCAACUGAGCUAAAAUAUUUAUCGCUCAAGCCACUGUUUGCUUGCUGUCACCUUUGCAAAGCGGGUAAGUGAAAUGCAGGUAUUUUCAGUAGUGAAAGAGGCUAGCACAAAGGUUAGACUCCAUACCAAUCCUGCCUUUUGCCAAAGACAAUUUCGGCAUUCCAUGUCAACCAGUUUCUGGAAUGGGAGGCUUCCUUCCACCUCCUUUCCAGUCUGACAGGGAGCUGCAGCUCCAUACGUUCUGCCCAGUGGGGGCCCUGGCGUAAACGUUGACAGGACCAAAAGUUGGAGGCAGUCCAAAUAAUAUUUUUGUCUGCUCUAGGAAGAAAGUCCCAUGGUCAAGCCCUGUCUAAGCAGAGGCUGUCCAAAUGGAUAGCAGACACACUCAGGACUGCCUAUGAACUGGCCAACUUCCCCCCUCCAGAAAGCUCACUGUCCAUUCCUCCAGGGACAUGGCAACUUCGUGAGCUUUAUUCCAGGGUGCAUCUGUCAAGGACAUAUGCAAUGCAGCGGUGUGGAAUACUCCCCAUACCUUUACUAGGCUCUACAGACUUAGGUUGUGGAUCCUGAAAACCCUGGUUUGGGAACUAGAGUGUUAAGGGCGGUUUCAGAAUCAACCCUUACAACACAGGCAUAGAGGCGAGUUUCUCCCCAAAUUUUUUAGCCCUAGUUACUGGGGUUCCUAAUGGUAACGCAUAAGGCAGCCUCAGCAUAGCCUUGUAGCAUUCCAUGGCUUAGCCUUGUAGCAUGUCAUUCUGCAACAUUGCCCUUGCAAAUGUGUGGCAGGUUACACCCCGCCCUGUGCAUUAUUUAUGUUUUAUGUGGUGUGUUAUUGUUUAUAUGUAUAUAUUUAUUGGUGCACAGGGUGUGGUACUAUUAGUAAUUAGAGUGUGUGUAUUUGGGCAUGGGUGUAUAAAGUAGUUCACGUGCAGACUGUGCCGGGGUCCGAUUGAACGAUUAGCAAUCCCGGCACAGCUGUAUUUAAAGAGUUACAGAUCUCACACUCGGGGUUGGGUGUACAGAGAGGAGGUACAGGAGAAAUAGACGGGAGAUAUCAAUUAUAAAAGAAAACAAAUGCUGCGAGUGCUGGUUCUGCACCAGCAUCAUACUUCUUUUGGGGUUUGUGUUCACUGUUUUGUUUGUCGGUCAUCAUUUUGAGUGGUUUGUUUUGUUUAACUGUUUUGUUUAUUAAAUCUGUGUAGCAUUGCCUUCACUCACAAUACUGUGUCCUGCAUUUCCUGGUCUGGCGUCACCCUCAAGCCUUUCCGUGCCACAUGCUCACCCAUUAGGUAAGGUUACAUUUCAUACUUGAAAGGGAAAGAUUAUCAUAACCCUUAUUCCUGCCAAUAGAAAUGUAACCAUUAACCUUCAAGGUCGCUGUUUCCAUGAUUGCAGCAGGCUUGAAGGAACAAUUACGCUGUGGUCUGUGAGCGCUGUCAUUUUAUGCACUCUGGGUGGGCCAUGACUGCGUCACAGCCUCGGCUAAGCAGCUUUGGUAUAGAAUAUUCAGGUUAUGGGUCUUUAGGAGGUAAACACCCAUUAGGUAAGGGUUACAUUUUUAUUUCAGGGAACCAGGGUUAACGUUUUCCGAUUUCUGGAUUCAGGAUACUAUUUUUUGGUCCCCGUUUUAUAUUUAUUUACAAUCCAGCAUUUGUUGUUAAAUUGUUUGAACCAACUGCUAAAUCACAAUGGAUUCAGUUUAUUACUCACCUUAUUGCAUUUAAAAUUAUCAGUUUCCUUCACUCAUAAACUGAUGUUUUUCAUUACCGUUUUAAUAAUAAUAAUAAUAAUAAUAAUAAUAAUAAUAAUAAUAAUAUUAAAUUCUCUUUUAUUAAUAACUUGAAAUUGCCAAAUAAAACAAAACAUUCACUGAGUAUCCUCCAUAAUAAAACAAAGCUACAAUUUUAACAGGUUUGUAGUCGGUAGCUAUCAACUUUGCAACAGCACUUGUUAUAGUAUCGUACUUAACUUGAUUCAUGGGUUUGCAGUGAUCCUGAAUUUUUAAGAGAGUACUCUGUCGAAACUGGCAGGUUUAAUUUGUUGUUGUAUUGUUGUUGUCUGUAGCAGAAGAACUACUAGACAGUGUAUUUUGAGAAGUGAAAGCAUGUUUAGCACACAGGUGAUACAGCAAACUAGAUGCACUUCUGUGAUACUGGAACUCACUUUGACAGUAGAUACAAGUAACCCUCUUUCUCUCCAAUGAACUGUCAGAAGGUUUUUUUUUAAAUUAACUUCCCAUUCACAAGUCCUUCAGUUUGAGUUCUUUGCUACAUAAUGCGGUUCCGUGAUUUUACAUUCAAACGAUGACUUCACUCAUUCAAUCCUGGCAUGCACUUGAGUGUAUUAAAAUGGUGUUGCAGGAAAUUAAUUACUGCAUGCUAAGAGGGACAAGACAGAGGAGUGUGAUUAAUGUGUGUUAAAAAAAUUAAUCUGCCAAAAAGUUAACACGAUAAUUACAGAUGUUAAUUGACAGCCCUAAAAAGAAUACUCAUUUUUUAAAUAAUUCUACCAUUGACUGUACAGUAUUACCACAAUUGUACUGCCAGUGUUUAGUUUCAUUUAUAAGAAAGUAUAGAUUUUUUUUAUUAAAACUUGAGAUCAUCAAUGCAGUAAAAUUUUUAGCUAAAAUAUACUAGAGAAAUGUCUUGUUUAAAUACUCCGUCAGUUCAUUCUGUGGUGGACUUGUUCGACACUAGCCAUAAAUGUUUGCACUUUUGUCUAGUGUUGACUUCCUCUCUUAUAUUUUGAACUUUCUCUUGAAAAUGUCAAAGGGUCCAAGGGCAGGGUUGGAAUAAAAAAAAAAAUCAGGUAAAAGAUGUUUGCAGAAGUCUUUACCAUUGUGACCUUUCAUGUUUUAAACCAGAACACAACAAUGAUGCAGUUCAAUUACUUCCAUAUUCUGUUGUAAAAUAAAGAAUCAGUGUUUUGUUUUCCAUGAAGAGUAUUAUUUCAAAUAGAAAUGUGAGACUUGGAAUGGCAGUGCACUGAAGGUACAAUGUAUGGUAUAAUAUAUUAAUUAGCCUUGUGAACUUCAAGGCUUAUAAUAUUGCUUUCUUUUACCCACCAUCUAUAUUUAAGAUCCUGGAAUUGUAAAUGGAAUCCUGGCAUUGGGCAAUAUAUUCAAACUUAUACCAUGAUUCAUGCCAAAGAAGAUCAUUUAAUGACUUCGGCAUUUGCAUUCAAUUUGGGUUUUUCGAUCCCUACCUUUUUAAUUGAAUUCAUUUUUGAUUUCCUGGUUUAAUGGGGUUUUCUCCAGCUGCUACAAAUUACAUUCUUGGUGUCAUCAAAUGUAUACACAGUAAGUUUAUACAGAAGUGCUGGAUGCUAUUUUGGUGCUCUAAUGGACGUGUUCUGCUGCUAACUGUUCAUUUUUUUCUAUUAAGAGCUAAAGGACGCAUGUGGACAUGGGAGAGUUAUUUAUAUAUAUAUAUAUAUAUAUAUAAUGGAAUCAUCAUUAUUAUAUAAUAAUAUUAUUAAUCAUUAUUAUAUAAUAAUAUUACUACUAAUAAUAAUAUUAUUAUUAUUAGUAGUAGUAGUAGUAGUGUAUGGGUGAACAGCAGUUAAUGGUUGUUAACGGGAUCGAUUAUAAACAAGUUAAUGAAUCAUUUCCAUGUGUGUCCUUGUUCUGUAAUAACCCUUUUUUAUGAGCCACUUUCUCUGUUUCUGUAGUAAAUCUAGCCAGUGGCCUUAACUGAGUUGAACUCCCCUGUGUAAAAAUGUUAUUAUGGUUUUAUGCCACAGAGACCCCAGCUCAAGAUUUCUGUGCUCAUUGUUGUGUUAUUUAUUACCAUUCUGUUCUGAAAACUGGAAAUAAAGCUCAUUCUGGCCUUAAGAUGCUUCCACAGCAUUACCUAAAUAUGUAGGCCUACUUUACAGAUAUAUACUGUAUAUACAUUUGUAACAGGGCGAGCAGCCCUGUACAGUAUUUGUUUGUUUUAUUUUAGAACGGGGUUCCCCUCCGGCCGUGUUAUUUUGUGUUUGUUUGUUUGUUUAUUUAUUGUGUUUUAGGACGGCAAAGCGCCGCGUAUAUUAUUAUUUAUGUAUUUGUGACGGCAGCCGUUGAUUAGAAAACUCGUGCAGAAGGUGGCCAUCUCCCGAAUUAAUUAGGUGAUUUAAUUUGUUGCUAAUCGGGAGAUGGUCACCUGUAUAAAAAGUCUGCAGCUCUCCAGCUCGUGGUGGUGUAGUAGGAGCGAGAGCAACGAGGGAGAGAGAGAGAGAAAAAGCUUUAAGUUUAAGAAUAAGUCCAGGAACAGUGACGGCUACAGCUCAGCCUGACCUGGACCAGUUAUUGUAUUUCUUUUUUUUGUGUUCGUGACUUGUUUUUUGUUUAACUGUUUAUUUUGCUCGGUGAGCACAGUUUUCUCUUUUUGUUAAAACAUUUGGUUUAUUUUUGUUGUAUUUUGAAUAAAGACGGCGCAAACGCCAUUGCACCCAA